ACAACCCGAUAGCCCAAUAUAUUUGCAGCGCAUGAACACACCUCAGAGUUUAACAAGACAGUGUCGUUUUUACUCUGAUAUCAUAGAAAAGAAACUUAUUUUGAGAAACAGUCGAGACAGAGAUACCUAAAAUACCUAAAAAUAACGGCUUGAAAAUGGACAGCGCCAUUCAGAGAGAUGGAAGACUGUUGGACUUGACCGAUGAUGCCUGGAGGGAGGAUAGACUUCCAUAUGAAGACGUCACUAUCCCUCUGAGUGAACUUCCUGAAGCUGAGCAGGAUAACGGUGGAUCUACAGAGUCAGUGAAAGAACAAGAGAUGAAGUGGACUGACCUGGCCUUGCAAAGCCUUCAUGAAAAUACACCAAACACCGGGAGCUGAGAGAGACUAAACUUCCAAUACAUUGAUAGUAGCAAGAGGUCUUUGUAUAUUACAUUUUCAUUUAAAAUAAUACUGAUGCAAUUUAAUUUUAUGUAAUACAGUGCACAAAAUCAUAUUACCACCACUUAUCUUGCAACAGUAUGUGCCAUUCACUUCAAGACUGAAGAAGGAAAAAAAUAAUAAUUUCACUCAAGCUUUUGAACGUCAUCAUGUGGUCCUUUCCCUAAAAGGGCUGAUGGGUAACGGUAGGAGCCUCCUAGACGGUCCCACAGUGUUAAGUAUUGUCCGUAGUUAUAGUUGAAAUACAGAUGGUGGUCUACAUGAUGAGCAGCUCCGUUGAUUAGGUGGAUUAGUUGUCCAGGAAUUCGGUAGUCCCCAUCGUGUAUUGAAAUGGUCCAGAUGUUGACAAAGACAAAUAGUGACAAAUAGACCCCCUGAAAAUAUGUAAUAUUAAUUAUGCUUUUCAAUUUUCUCUGGAUCAGCCAAAAGGAAAUAAAUUUCUCACCUUA